AUGGGCAAGAAAUCAGAUGCUCUUUAUAAUUCUAAAUUGCACAGUUCUAUGUCUGCUUUUAAAUCUUUAUCCAAGACUCGUGGAUAUCCAUGUCCUUCUCCGAACUCAUUUGGAGGAUCUUCUAGUAAAUCUGACUUCAAGCUAUCUGAUUCUUCAACUGGUGGAAAGGUUCCUAUUCAUGGACCUAGGAGGGCUGUAUUUCCCAGUGGUAUUAUGAGUGAUGAAUUUGAUAUUGUAAGGGUUACAUUCAAAGUUAACAAAUCUAAGAUUAUGAAUUACAAGGCUAUUUGUAAUUUGGCUAUGUCUCGAGAUAGUGGUGAAGAUGCAAUUAUGUCUGGAGGAGUUCAUUGCACUUUUUGGUCUCUUGGUGAAUCUUUAAAGCCUGGUGGUGUAGUGAACAAUUUCGUUAUGGCUGCUUGGUGCUACCAUUUGUACUCUCAGCCAUGUGGUCACCCUGAUGUUUCAAAAUGUCACUUCUUCUUUUCAAAUAUUGGUGAUCAACUUCUCAAAGAUGUAGAUAGUGCAAAUGAAGACAUCUUGAGAAGAGAUUUUACUCGUUCCUCUAAGACCAGGCCUCUUCAUCGUUCUGAUUUGUUGUUUUUCCCCUGUUUCUACGAGGAACAUUGGUUUGUAUUUGUUGUUGAUAUAAAGGAUCAGUCCUUUGUUUUUCUGGAUUCCUACUAUGUGUUACAAUCUGAAUUCCAGGUUGAAGUUCGUGACAGACUGAUUCCAAAUUUCAAAUUUUGGUGGGAGAAACUCGUCAUGCUUGAUAUGGGUUUUGAAAUGUAUAAACUUCUUUAUCCAUUUGUUCCUAGGCAGCCUGCUCAGAACAUAUCGGAUUCAGGAGUGUAUGUUAUGAUGUUUCUUGAGUAUUGGAAAUCACCUCGUUCUUCUCUUUUUACCUUAUUCAACGAGUCUGACAUUCCAAACUUGAGGAUCAAGAUUGCAAAUGAGCUUCUUUUUUCACCAAAGAAUUCUGGACGAAAGGAUUUAGUUAUCGGUUACAAGUUUGUGGGCGAAGAAGCUGUGUAGAUAUUGCUGUCUCUUUCUGCUGAAGAUGGUGCUAAGAUGUUAGCUGGAUGUUAAAUACAUGUC